CGCAAUAGGAAUUCGUCCUUUCCGUCGCGCAACUGUGAGUGGAACAUGUCGUAUUCGUCUGAACGAAGAAACGAGGAACAAUGGUCGGGAGACUCUAAAAAUGGUCCUAGCGAGAGUGAGCAACCGGCUUAUGAUGGGCCACCAGGAAUGGAGCCAGAUGGUCUCAUCGAGACCAACUGGGAAUCGGUCGUCGAGAGUUUCGAUGACAUGGCCCUGAAGGAGGAGUUGUUGAGGGGUAUUUAUGCCUACGGUUUUGAGAAACCUUCUGCUAUUCAGCAGCGUGCGAUUGUCCCCUGCGUCAAGGGACACGAUGUCAUUGCCCAAGCCCAGUCUGGAACUGGUAAAACUGCAACCUUCUCGAUUUCCAUCCUCCAACAGAUUGACACGGCUGUGAACGAAUGCCAGGCCUUGAUUCUUGCACCAACUAGAGAAUUGGCUCAACAGAUUCAAAAAGUAGUGAUUGCCCUGGGUGACUUCAUGCACGCGCAGUGUCACGCCUGCAUCGGUGGUACCAAUGUCCGUGAGGACAUGCGCAAGCUGGAGUUGGGUGUCCACGUGGUUGUUGGUACCCCAGGACGUGUCUACGACAUGAUAAGUCGACGUGCCCUUCGCACUCAAUGCAUCAAGCUAUUCGUCCUCGACGAGGCCGACGAGAUGUUGUCCCGUGGAUUCAAGGAUCAAAUUCACGAUGUCUUCAAGCUACUCUCCCAGGAGGUCCAGGUGAUUCUGCUGUCAGCGACAAUGCCCACGGACGUGCUCGAGGUGUCCAAGUGCUUCAUGCGAAAUCCCAUUAGCAUUCUCGUGAAGAAGGAGGAAUUGACACUCGAGGGUAUCAAACAAUUUUACGUUUUCGUUGAGCGUGAGGACUGGAAGUUGGAGACACUGUGCGAUCUCUACGACACUCUGAGCAUCACUCAGGCUGUUAUUUUCUGUAACACACGUCGCAAGGUCGACUGGCUAACGGAGAAUAUGCACAGCAGGGACUUCACUGUCUCAGCUAUGCAUGGGGACAUGGAGCAGAGGGAGAGGGAUCUCAUUAUGAGACAAUUCAGAACUGGCUCGUCACGUGUGCUCAUCACGACUGAUCUACUUGCUAGGGGCAUCGAUGUCCAGCAGGUCUCCCUGGUUAUCAAUUACGAUCUUCCUUCCAAUCGUGAGAAUUAUAUCCACAGAAUUGGUCGUGGUGGACGUUUUGGACGUAAAGGAGUCGCCAUCAACUUCGUCACCACCGACGAUAAGCGUACCAUGAACGAUAUCGAGCAGUUCUACAACACUCAUAUUGAUGAAAUGCCAAUGAAUGUUGCCGAUUUGAUUUAAAUAAAAAUCGAACCACGAGACAAAUUGGCGAAUAAAGAAAAAUCUUCAACAUAAAUACCGAAAAAAAAAACAGAAAAAACCAACAAACCUUAAAAUAAUUAACAAAAAAAUCGCAAAACAGUUUUAAAAACGAAAAAAUAAAUAAAAGUAAGUGGAAAAAAAAACAUAACCGAGCUCUCAGCUGAUCUCUCAUGUGGUGUGUGAGUAUAUUAUAAAUACCGAAAACAACAAACAAAAAUAUCUGAUUUUUUUUUCACUCGA